CGUCCUUUUCUUCAUCUCCAGCAUGUCAUUGAGCAUGUUAUUAUUGUCGGCGGGAUCUGCGUGCAGUUAAGAUGUUUCCGAAGACCUCGUUCACCAGCCUGAUAGUGGGGGUGUUCCUGCUGUAUGUGCUGCACACAUGCUGGGUGAUGUACGGCAUCGUUUACACCAAACCCUGCGAGAAACGCCGAGCCGAAAGCUGCAUCUCUCCAUACCUGGCCGCUAAACCCAGACUGCAGUUGAGCGUCUACACUGCAUUAAGACCCAAUGCUGACGGUGGACACAGUCUGAUCCACAGAGAGGAAGAGUUUGACGUCAACACCAAGUUUGAGAAGUUAGUGAAUGUGUCUUUGCCCAAAAAGACGCGCAAGAAUGGCACGCUGUACGCCAUGGUGUUUCUGCAUCAGGCCGGAGUCUCUCCAUGGCAGGAUCCACAUCAGGUUCAUCUAGUCACUCAACUGACCACAUACAUGCUGCCCAAACCUCCAGAGAUCAGCUUGAUCACAGGACAGGACGAGCCGGAGAAACCAGAUCAGCAAAAGCAGAGCAGCGACUCUGAGCUGGACCGUCCCGUUUCUCACUGGCGUUCCCGUCUGACGCUGAAUGUGGUGUCCGAGAACUUCCUGUUUGACCGCGAGGCACUUCCUGGAGAUGUUCAUCGCUACAUGAGAGUGUAUCAGAGCGGGAAGAAGAUGAUUUACCUGCCGCUGCUGUUUGUGGAUGAGCUCAGCAACAGAGUCAAGGAUUUAAUGGAGAUCAACAGCAGCUCCACUGAGCUUCCUCUGACCAUCACAUACGACUCCAUCGCUCUGGGCAAACUGCGCUUCUGGAUCCACAUGCAGGACGCCGUUUACUCACUGCAGCAGUUCGGCUUCACUGAAAAGGACGCAGAUGAAAUCAAGGGGAUUUUUGUGGACACUAACCUGUAUUUCCUCGCUCUCACCUUCUUUGUGGCUGCUUUCCAUCUUUUGUUCGACUUUCUGGCUUUCAAAAAUGACAUCAGUUUCUGGAAGCACAAGAAGAGCAUGGUUGGCAUGUCCAGUAAAGCAGUGCUGUGGAGGUGUUUCAGCACUAUCGUCAUCUUCCUGUAUCUGCUGGAUGAACAGACGAGUCUCCUGGUUCUGGUGCCUGCAGGAAUCGGCUCUUUGAUCGAGGUGUGGAAAGUGAAAAAGGCUUUUAAAAUCCACGUCAUAUGGAGAGGCUUGACUCCCACAUUCCUGUUUGGAAAGCUUGAUGAAUCUGAGAAGCGCACAGAGGAGUAUGACACUCUGGCGAUGAAGUAUCUGUCGUAUCUGCUGUAUCCGCUGUGUGUCGGCGGAGCGGUUUAUGCACUCGUGUUUGUCAAGUAUAAAAGCUGGUACUCCUGGAUUAUUAACAGUUUAGUCAAUGGUGUGUACGCCUUUGGCUUCCUCUUCAUGCUGCCUCAACUCUUUGUAAAUUACAAGCUGAAAUCAGUCGCUCAUCUGCCCUGGAAAGCCUUCAUGUACAAGGCUUUUAAUACGUUUAUCGAUGACGUCUUUGCGUUCAUCAUCACUAUGCCCACAUCCCAUCGGUUAGCCUGUUUCAGAGACGACGUGGUCUUCCUGGUGUAUCUCUAUCAGAGAUGGCUCUAUCCAGUGGACAGAAGCCGUGUGAACGAGUACGGCGUCUCCUACGAUGAAAAACCCAAAGGAAAAUCACAUGAAGAUUGACAUCAUCAUCAUCUAAAACCGAGGACAGAUGCUGCGUUUGUCUAUUUAAGCUCAGUUUUGCUCUGCUAACCGGAGAAAUGACACUGGUUAUUGGACUGAGACACACACACACAGCUCCGGAAGCUGGAGAGAUUGGUUUCAUUUUUACAGAAUGUAUUUGGAUGGGGCUUUUCCAUUCAGUCUCAGAUAGUGUUUUGAAUUAAGAGCAUAUCUCAAGGGUGCCAAACGAGCAGAGGUUCGGACUGAUUAUGGCUUUUUUGUUGGAUUAAUUUGAGUAACAUGACUGUUGUUUGUGUGUUCAGAGAGGAUGAUGAUGAUGACGAUGAUGUGUCUGUUUGUUUGUUUUUGGUUCAUUCCAUUAAGUGUUUCUGUGAUUAAACUGCUCAAUUAAAGAGACUUUAUUACA